CAGUCUCACCCCUAUUCGUCACAUACUGCCGUUUGGUCAUUUCCCCCUCACGUCCAUAAGCAACGUUGAGGGUACCCCCUAUUCGUCACUUGACAACGUAGAGGAGGGUCGUCCGAUAUUUGAAUGCAAAUCCCUCAUCUUUGGAUUUUGACGAACCUGGCUUAUCCAUCUAGCGGUUUUUCUGCGCUGGAAAGUAUGGUUUCAGGCGAUUAAUUUUAAUGCUGCUAAUAUUAUGUUAAUGUAUUUUGCAGUAGCAUGCUGCGCAAAUACUGUUACAAUCAUUAAUUGGUGAAGUGACCAUAUAUUUUAUUGGAGCAGAAACCCUGUUCUAAAUCGGAAUCACGCCUUUUUUCUUUUUUAAUAUAAUUUUGGGCUACAUUAAAAUGGCAUAAUUGCAGGACUGCAUAUUUGCUUUAGGCUUAAACAUGCCUUAAUUUAAGUGGGAUAUUUUUAAUUGUCGAUGGUAUAUUUGCAAUGGCUUAUAGUGUAUAGUGAGCCUGCUUUGUUUUUUUUUUUUGUUUUUUUUGCGACCAAAAAUAAAUAAAUAAAAAUAACACCUCAACAACAAAAAAAUACCAAUAGCAUACUUUUAUAGACCUUUCAUCUCAAUACUAAUUAUGAAGUUGUGAUAAAUAGCCUGCUGCGGAAAUGUUUAUAUUACUUAAUAUGGACAUAUCCUUUGGCAAAGAGAUGGAUGCAUUCUGGGGCGUGAUGUGUUAAAAUGUAAUUGCUAACAUAUACCCAUGUUUCCUUAGACAUUUCUGCUGACCCCUUUAAAAUUUUGAGCGAGGAUAUAAAAUAUUAAGACUGUACUUUUUCAUUAUAAUUUAUAUUUUGGCGCAAUUUUGUGCAGCGCGUCACUGUGCGCGACCAUCACAGAAACCAUUGCCCAGCGCGAUUCCACCACGAUUCCUUAAUCCCUGUCCUUUGAAAAAAAACAGCACCUCAUUACAUUAGGCACUUCUAAGAGCCACAUUUGUCUUGUUUAUUGUCUUAUUUGUAUUUUUUUAUUGUCUUGUUAUUUCUCUCUCUCUCUCUCUCUCACACUCUAUCUCUAUCUCUCACUCUCUCUCCAUCCCUGACUCUCUCCCCUACCAUCUGAGUGGUGGUUGUUUUUUAGAGGGACGGAGGAACUGGGUUGCUGCCUCUUCUUCAGUCACUUUAAUCAACUGAAAGUGUAAAGAAUGACAAAGCCAAAAUUCAGGCCUUGCCCAAGCUGCCAGGUCCGUCAGCAGGCUAACCGCAAAACCUGCAGUGCUUGUUUUGCCACACUGCCAAGCAAGCGGUUAUUGAAAACUGCAAAAAUUAAUGAUGACUGGGGCCAGAGGGUCAUCAAAAACAAAAAUGCAUCUCGGGUGGUGGCCUCUGCCCAAAUAGCUGUCCAAAAACUUUCUGCCUUGGGUUAUAUGCCCAUAUUAUUUAUCAGCCAGAGGCACAAGGGCACAGGAAAAUUGAUGGCAGAUGUAGUAACGCAUCUGCCACCGACACAGAACAACACACGUUUCUUAACCAGCAUGAAGAGGGCAUAUGACUUCAUGAUCAAACUGGAUGAUGUGUCCCAGCCCCAGCAAGACCAGCCCCUAGACCAGCCCCAGCAAGACCAGCCCCUAGACCAGCCCCAGCAAGACCAGCCCCUAGACCAGCCCCAGCAAGACCAGCCCCUAGACCAGCCCCAGCAAGACCAGCCCCUAGACCAGCUAAUCCCACAAGACCACCAACUGAUUACACUUGAACUAUGUCCAAUCGUCUCUCAGGCUCAGCAGCAUGUGGAGCUUCUACCACCAAGGAAAAGACAAACCCCACCAUCCAGCCCAGGCCAAGACAGACAAGCCCCACCAUCCAUCCAACCUCAACUAAAGAAAAGACAAACCACAGGUACAGGAGCCACACAAGCCCCACCCUCGACCCUGGCCAAAAAGAAGAAAACAAAAAGUUGCAAAUGCAGUCGACAGACAAUUUAUCCAUAUGAUAAAAUAUUGGAAAGACGGAUGAAUGGGGGGAAGGCAGCAGAGGUGAAAGUGCGUUGGCUACCUUGCUCUUCCUGUGGCAGAGUCUGGGAGGACACCUGGGAGCCGGCCAGCAAAUUCGCCUGAUGACUAAUACUGUUUUACUAUUUGUUUUGUAUAUAUUUCUCAAUAAUUAAAUUCACUAUUGUUACAUUU